AGCGGGGCGCCGCGGCCCGCGCAGGCCGGGUGGUGGCGGCCGCCGUUUGCCCUGAGGGAGCUCCCGCGGCGGGGCGGGGAGCGGGGCCUCUGGGGAUGGAGGGCGAAGAGCGGGACGGGGAGGAGUACACCCUUCAGGAGGAGGAGGAGGCGGCGCGGUCGAAGCAGGAGGAGGAAGAACAGGUGCUGGCCCCGCGUCCCCUGACGGAGGAGGUCCUGAAGGAGGGCCUGUCCCUCCUCUGUAAGUCCGGCAACGGCCUGGCCCAUGCCUACGUGAAAUUUGAAGCCAAAUCCAAGGACUUGACUGACGUCAGCAUCCUCGAAAGAUUCAUUCACCUGCGGUAUGUGGAUUUAUCAGACAACAAGCUGCAUGAUUUGUCUCCGCUGAGCAGCCUAACACACCUGCUUUGGCUGAAGGUGGAUGGGAAUCUGCUUAGCAGUGCCUGCAUGCAGGAGCUGCCCUACCUCCAGAUCAUCAGCUUUGCUCACAACCGCAUCAAGGAUAUGGAGGGUAUUACUCACCCCCGCUUAGCCAACCUCAGCCUAAAAGGAAAUAAAAUCCAGACAGCUCUGGGUCUGAGUCACAGCCAAUUGUUCAGCCUGCAAAUCCUGGAGCUGCGAGGAAACAAACUAGAGAGCACAGCCGGGCUCAAUCUUCCCAAGCUCAAGAACCUCUAUCUGGCCGAGAACACCAUUCGGAGCCUUGAAGGCCUUGAGGGCCUGGGGCAGCUGGCAGCUCUGCACCUGCGUGACAACCAGCUGGAGACCCUGGAUGGAUUCUGCAGCAGCAUGAAGUGCCUGCAGUACCUCAAUUUACGAAUCAGAGAAUCACGUAGGUUAGAAAAGACCUUG